GUGAUAUUUUCAAAUUACGUAACUAAGCAAUGUAGAUCUUAUUAAAUCUAAAUAUUUGGGUUUGUGAACACGUCAAUAGGUACACUCGUACACAGAACACAGUAUACUACAUAACAUACACCAGUUGUGAAAACUGUAUGAUCUGUUUUGUGUACAUUAUAGAACUUGAACACAUAUUAUACAAAAUCUCGAUCAAUAAAGAGUGAAUUAAAACCUUUUUUUUAGGAGCUUUGCAGAAAAUAUUUAUCUAAAUAAAUGUGUUAGGCCACUUUAUUUUUUAUAUCUGUGUUCAUUAAAAACCCAUUGCACAAUGCUGCAGAGCAGGGCAUCAAACCUAUUACAAAGGUGCAGUAAAGUCGUGACAAACGCUGGUCUAAAGGAGGUGAACAAAAUUGGUAGCAUUGCUCUGCAAAGCCAUGCAGGGUAUGCCACAUUACUUGAUACUCUAGGCGAUGCCUAUCAACGAGUGAAGUUCAAGGUCUAUCGUGACCCUCGCCACCAUCUAGAUUACGAUAAGUGGUGCAAGAUCUUUGUGACAGAAGGCAACAUCGGUGUCGGGAAGACUGCAUUUGCCGAGGAGUUUGCCCAAAAGUUAGAUCUAAAGUUCUAUGGCAAUGUAUCAAUAAAUUACGAUGUGGAAAGAGAUUCCUCAAAGCAAGUUACAGCUCCAAAGAUGAUGGAAUGGUACACCAACCCAAAAUCGGUGCUACAGAUGUCUAGAAACCUUUGCAACGAUCAUUUCUGCCAAGAGCCUGCUGAUUACGUGCACACAUGCAGAUACCAGAGCAACAAGCUUGUCAUGCGCACCUUGCAGUAUUGUGAUGCACUCGCUUACCUACUCUGGUAUGGACGAGGCGUUACCAUGGUUCGUCAAUUCUACAGCGAUGAUGUCUUCGCUCGUGCAAUGAAACAGAUGGGUUGGAUCGAUAAACGAUUCUGGGAUUUCUACCUCCUGCACAGGGACUACUUGGAUGAAGACUUAAUUCCACCACAAGUUGUUUUUUACUUGGAUGCUUCGCCUGAGCAAUGCUAUGAGAACGUGCAAGCUGGUAAUAACGAGGCAGAGAAGAAACUACCAUUGGAUUUCUAUAAAAGGGUUGAAGAUGCUUACCGAACAUCGUAUAUACCUGAAGCUGAGGAAAGAGGAGUUAACGUGGUGGAAUUGGAUUGGAAUAAUCCACGACCAGUUAUUGAGGUUAUUGAAGAACUGGAUGCUUUGCCGAAUAUGUUAAGUCCAACUAACUUGUGGGACAUUGACAACAGUCAGCUAAAGCGUGUGAUGAGAAAUGCUAUGAAUGAUUCCUUCCGAUGCACUCGGUAUAUCUACUGUCCGAUUGAGGAGCUUUGGUCACAGCAGUGGACCCAAUUGCUUUAUGAAACAGAACGAGAUAAUUGGGACAGCAGGUACCCUAAGGGUUACUGUGUUGGGGAAGGUGAUACGUGGAUUCCUUUGAAACCACAACAUCCUCACAAUUUCCUGCGAAGAAUUUGAACAACAGGUGGAACUUUUUCUUUUUCAAAUUAUAUCAGACAUGGAAGUUUCAAGCUGAGCUAUUGUUUUGGUCAAAUAAAUAAAUUAUUAUUAGUAUGAA